CCUUUUAUAGCAGAUGAAUUAGAGCUCACUCAAAUAACUGAUUCCAGUACAAACAAAAUAACUGCCUAAGGAAUAAAGGACAGGGCUACAGCCGUGAGAUACAGGGACAGGGUGGUACAAUAAGACCUUUCCUUACAGGUUUCCUCGGCCCUGGACUUGCCUCAGCUGGUUGCCGUCAUUGUGGAGAGUGGGAAAAUGACACACAAUCAGCCCACAGGUAUGGGACAAUCACAGCGUCCCUCUGGGGCAUAACAGACUCUCAUAGGUUUCUCUUGUAAUACAGUUGCCAGACUUCAGCAGAGAAUAGAUCUGAGCCCAUUCACUACCGACUGUUACCCACAGUAUUGGAGAUGAACCUCCCUGCAAGACCCAGAAAAAUAUCUGUACCAUCUGGUUUAUUGUUAUAGCGAUUGUUUCUCCCACAUGUGCCCUUUAUAUGCCAUCAGGGACCUCUCUUUACUUUGGUUUCUGUUUCUCAGGGUACCUGGGCUCUUUGGCUUCGGCUCUCUUCACAGCACUUUCCGUGCAAGGGGCCCCACUGGAACUCUGGGGAUGUCGCCUGCUGGAGGCCAUACCACUGGCCCUUAAGCAUGGAAAUCCCAUCAGCCUCAGCAGUUCCCUUUCCUACAGGUACCUAUUGGAGAGAGGUCUAUCACAAGGCUCAGGCCCAGCAGCCUUUCCAUCAGCUUAUGGAGCUGCAGAGAGAGAUGUGGAGUAUAACAAAUGGAGUCUAGAUGGCUGGGCCGGAAGGAGUGGACAUGAUGCCCCAAUGAUAGCCUAUGAUGCACUGCUUGGGGCUGGAGACUCCUGGGAGGAGCUGUGCAGCAGAUCAAUGUUCCAUGGAGAUAACUCUGUGCUGCCCUCAAACUCUAUUGUCCAUGAAACAUCCUGAGAUGAAGGAUUUGUGCUCCUCCCAUAGGUUGUGGUACAUUGUGUAUCUGAUAUAAGAUGCUGGUGAGUCACAACAUGGCCAAGAGAGAGCACUUGCCUUUAUCUCGUUAUCAUACUGGUCAAUAUAUGGAGAUUUAUGGCUGUUCCUUCUUGUGUUCAAUGUCACUGGCCUGAUGCUGAAAUGUCUCUUUACAGGUGAUAGUGACUCCACAGGAGUGAUCGUCGGCUGCUGUUGGGGAGCCCACUAUGGCCUCUCGGGGGUACCACAGGGGGAACUACAUAGAACUGGAGUACAGACAGAGACUGGAGAGCGUGGCUGAUGCUCUGCAUGCAUUGGCAUGGGGAAGCGCCAAGUAAAUUGUGACCUGUACCUCGAAAGACAAUGUGUCACCAAAUUCUGGACUCUUCUUUUUCAAAUAUAUAUUCCCGCCCCUCCUACCCCAAAACUAAGAAUGUGACUA